CGGCUCUGGGGGCUGUUGUUCAGUGCGGGGAUUGAUUGAGGGGGCUCGGUGUCGGGGUCUAAGCGGGGGUGCUCAACGUCCUUCCUCUAGUCCCAGUUUUCAGGAAGAGCUAAAGAUGGCUGAAUUUCUAGAUAACCAGGACACUCGACUGUGUGACAACUGGAUUUUUGAUUGGAUUCCUUAAACUAAAGGAGAAUGGCAAAAAGUGAGUGAGGAGACAGGAUUGGGAGAAAAGGUUCAGGAUUUCAUUUUUACGCAGUUCUGCAAUGAAGUUUAUACCAACCCAGUCAGAGAACAUGUUCCCAACAAGCAUCCAGGCUACAGGGCUUUGAAAGGCAUGGAGGACAUAAAGGAGGCAGUUUCCCUUUCUCUGCUGACUAUCCCAAAGCUGCAAAAAAGAAAUUCCUGUGUUUAACUUUACCAUCCAUGAGAUCCACUGUCAAAGGAACAUUGGUGUGUGUCCUAUCUGCAAGGAACCAUUUCCCAAAUCUGACAUGAAGACUCACGUGUCUACUGAGCACUGUCAGGUGACCUGCAAAUGUAACAAGAAGUUGGAGAAGAGACAGUUAAAGAAUCAUGAGGAGACUGAGUGUCCUCUACGGCUUGCUCUUUGCCAGCACUGUGAUUUGGAACUUUCUGUUCUCAAACUGAAGGACCAUGAAGAUUACUGUGGUGCCCGGACAGAGUUAUGUGGCAAUUGUGGGCGCAAUGUCUUGGUGAAAGAUCUGAAGGCUCACCCUGAAGUUUGUGGGAGAGAUGGAGAGGAAAAGAGAGAUGAGGUUGCCAUGUCUUCUAAUGCGUAUGAUGAGUCUUGGGGGCAAGACGGAAUCUGGAUUGCAUCCCAACUUCUCAGACAAAUUGAGGCUCUGGACCCACCUAUGAGGCUACCCCGGAGGUCCCUGAGAGCCUUUGAAUCAGACCUUUUCCAUAGUAGGACGAACAACCAAAGGAACAUACCAGCUCAGUUUCCAAUCCAGAAUAAUCUAUUGGAAGAACAAGAAAGGCAGGAAAGGAAUAGAAGCCGACAGCCUCCCAAAGAGGGUGGAGAAGACAGUGCAAAUUUGGACUUCAUGUUGGCCUUAAGUCUGCAGAAUGAAAGCCAGGCUCCCAGUGUGGCAGAGCAGGAGUUCUGGAAGGCCGUUUGUGAGGCAGACCAGUCCCAUGAAGUUCCCAGUGCUCCGAAUGACAUAAAGGGUGCUGCUGGCAAGACCAUGUUGCCUUGUGAAUUUUGUGAGGAACUCUUUCCAGAGGAGCUGCUGAUUGACCAUCAGACAAGCUGUAACUCUUCAUGUGCCUUACCUUCACUUCGUAUGGGCAGCACUUCCCCCAAAGGGGUGGAGGACCCUGAUGUCGUCUUCCAGAAGUUUCUGCAGCAGGCUGCGAGUCACCAGUUAGACUCUUUGAUGGGCCUGAGCAGUUCACCCCCUGUGGAGGGCGGCAUCAUCAUCCCAUGUGAAUUCUGUGGGGUACAGCUAGAAGAGGAAGUAUUCUUCCAUCACCAGAACCAGUGUGACCAACGCCCAGCCACAGCAAACAAUCGUGUGAUGGAGGGGAUGCCUAAACAGGAUUUCCAGCCUCAAGAGAUCUCACCAGAGCUGCCCAAGAGGCGUGUCAGACACCAGGGAGCCCUGUCUUCUGGUUGCAUGGAUGAUACCAAGCAAGAAACAGCCAAAGGGCCCACCUACCCUCUUCCCCCAAGCAGAUCCAUUAACAAUAUGAUGGCUGCCUAUAACCGAGUGCCAGCGUCCACACCAGGCCCCAGGCCUGGGUGCCAGCCCAGCCCUCCUCGUGUACUGAAGCUCAACAACUUAGACAGCCAGGACAUCCGGGGGAGGAAUCAAAACAGCCUUAAUGGGGCCCUGGCCACCGGGCAUGUUUCAGUGAUUCACCCCGUUCGAAAUCUCUACCCAGAAAACCUUGUGCCCUCUUUCCCCUGUGGGCCUUCAGGGAGAUACGGAGUGAGUGGUAGGAGUGAAGGAGGCAGGAACCCCCGGGUCACCCCCACGACUACCAGCUACCGCAACAGAACUGCAAAGGCAAAACCCCCCAAGCAGCAGGGCACUGGGGAUGCGGCGCAGGAGGAGUGACGGUGUCUGCAGAGCUCCCGCACGCGCUGUCUCCCCGCCCGGCAGCCGUCCCCACACGCAGGCCUGCCUCUCGGGCUUUGUGGGCAGGGGAAAUUUUAUGGAUUUUAUCUUUUUCUAGGUUAUGGCCAUUUUGUGUCUUUUGAGAUUGUGCUGUGGGAGUUUGGGGUUUUGAGGGAGGGUUAGCAGGGAGGCUGGCGAGAAAUGUUUCAGUUUUAGCUGUUGCCUUUUGGCAGCACAGAAAUACACGUGUGGUCUCCACCUGCCAGGGCUCUCCACCUUUUGAUAUUCUGUCACCGCUGCUUCUUGGUGCUGUGUGGUCCUGGUGGCAAGAGGAGAGGGUUUUAGAAACCUGGUACUUUCCGGUGAGCUGAUUCUCUUCCCUGCAGGGGCCUAAAUUUGGGAACUUUUAGGUAACUUCCUGUGUACUGCCCUUUCCACUGGAGAAUUUGGGCCUCUGGUAUGUGUGGAGGAGCUGUAGUAAAGUGUCCAGGCUGAUUUCAAUAUGUGUUAAGAACAAGGCUUUUGGAGAUGAGUCGACUUGGGGCUUUGUUUUUUUACUCUGCUUCUUUGGCAUUGGCCUCGCUGCCUUCUGUUCCUGGUGGGGAGCCCAGCUCCUUCGUCUUCAGCUGCUUCCCGAUGGAGGUGGUCAGGGGCUCCCUGUCCCUGCCGGGGCCAUGCUGGACUCUGCCCUGAGCAGGACUGGGGCUCAAGUGCCAUGGCUUGCUCUGAAAACCAAGUAUCAGAGCCUCUUUUCACCCCCGUUUUAUUUUACUAUUAUUAUAAUUAUUAACAUCCUUGUAAUAGAAAUAAAGUUUGUACUUGGAGUUCA